UGAAGGGAAAACAUUGCAUUAAAUUUUGAAAUAGACUAGCUAGCUAAAAUGUUUAGUGGUGUAUUUUGUAAACGAAUUCAUGUGGAUUUUUAUAGAACGCGCACCUGAAAUGAUUACAGAUGCUUGGGCGUGAUGACAGGUGGUGACAAAUUUAUAUGUAUGACGACGUGUCUUUUCUUGGAAUGAUUCCUGACAAUGGCGUCAUGCUGCAGUAAAUGAUGCGGAUGCUGAUGACAUUUUUAUCUUCAUCCAGGCAGAUGAAAUAGUCUUCAAGGGUGCAUUAUUCAUCCAACAAAUAAAUGAAGACAGAAGAUAAUUGAAAAAGAAGAUACAAAAAUAAGAUAUUGUAAUAAUUAUGGCAUCUGUAAAUCAAACCAACCAGUCACAAGGGAUAAAUGUCUCUGAUCUACUUGCAGAAGAUUUAACAUCUCGGGUUCCAAAAAUUGUAUUUCUCUUGCUUUUCGCUGUGUCGGGAUUGGUUGGGAACAGUUUACUUUUAUUGGUGUUACUCCGUGGAAAGAAAAGUGUUUUGAAUAUUAUGAUAAUAAACUUAUGUAUUGUAGGGUUAAGUGAAUGCUGGAUGAACAUGUCUAUUGUGUUUGGAGCACUUGUUUCUGGUGGAUGGAUAUUUGGAGAUCCUUUGUGUAAAAUCAAUGCAUUUUGUAUGACUCUUGUUUUCAUAGAGUUAGUUUUAACUCUAUUGUGUAUUAGUGUGGAACGAUUUAUUUCCGUAAGAUAUUCUGUGGGUUCGAAUAAUUAUUUAACAAUUCCCAGAAUGCUUUUAAUAAUUGUGUGUACGUGGAUUCAUUCUGCUGCAUUUAGUUUACCCUUACUGACGACAGCCAUACCGACAACCUAUCGUACACCACUUCAUCUGUGUUCCCUGACCGACUCCUCAUCAUUGACCUAUAUAUGUUUAACCUCCGUAAUUUGUUUCGUCAUACCGAUCAUCUCAAUGUUGAUUUUAUAUUUGUUAAUUAUACGAUCUGCUUUUAAAGGAAGAUUUGUGGUAACUAUGCCACAAGCUCAAAAUGAAUAUAAACAGAGAAAUCAACUGGAUAAUCAAAAAGAAAUUCACAUGUGUAAAUAUGGUGGCCUAUUAUUUUGUGUUUGGUUUGUGCUGUGCGUGCCUUAUAUUAUAACUGCUUAUAUCCGACAGUAUCAAUACAGCUAUGAAUUUCAAGCCAGUAAUUUUCUCGAACUUGUCGACUAUCCUUGGUCAGUCGAUGUGACCUUUGUUUAUAUGAGAUUUUUCUAUGCUGCAAUAUUUCCUAUCUUGACUUUUUCCUGGAUCAAUUUUCUGUGGGUUAAUUUAAAAGAUUUUGUUUUGUGUAGACGAAGUAACUCGAUUGGUGAUAUGGUUCCGCCCAAAAAUUUGAAGAAAGAGAUUAAAAAUCAGCCUGUGAGAGGACUAGUUAUACGGGAAAAAGCUAAUAGUCCAAGCAACCAGUUUUUUAAUGUCCCAGUGCUGUUUGCAACUUCAGAUGGAAUUCACAUCGAAACAUACAACCGCGAAAACAGUAUUGACAGUGUCAGGGUACAAAACAAGAAUAAUAAACUUCCAGUUGAAACAUCAGAAACAAAGAAAAAUAUUCCUGUAGGAAAGGCUUGCGAUGUUGGUCCACUUGACACAUAUUUUAUAUAUCACGAUACAAGUGAUUAUGAUUCUAGCAGUGAAGCAGAUGCAUUUUCAUCUUCACAGCCUGUGUCAACAAGACAAGUGAAUCAAGAGAUAAUAUUGUCACAAAGAUCAGUGUCUCAGCCAGAAGUUCAUAAAUCAACUAGUGCCUCACAGACAAGUGGUCUAAAAGAUGUUAAAAGAUCUUUUGGAACUGAUUCUGGGCUAGAUAUGAGUGUCGCAGGAAUGGAAGCCUCCCUUAAGAAGAGAGACAAGUCGAUGGACACCUCAGGUUAUCGACAUAACAAAUUUUUAGAUGAUAGAGAUGUUCCAUGGGCUGUAAGAAGAUCCAAUACCUCUAAAGAUAGAUUACAUACUUCUGCUGUUGAAGAUGAAUCAGGUGAAAAAGAAAUGAAUGAAUCAGAAAAUAUUGACAUAGAGUCUCAGUAUUUACAGUCCAUUAAAAAAGAAAUGGAAGAUGAAAGCCAGGGUGUGUUAAAAGAUUGCGAUAAUUAUGUAAGUGUAUCUCAACGUGUGAAAAAAAAUACAAAUAAAGAGGGACGUUUCCCUAUUCCAGACUCUCACAAGCAUGAAAAUCACAAAAAAAGCAAAUCAAAGGAAGACAUCGAAUUAGCUUCUAAUAUUAACAACCUUUCAGGAAAUUCAGAAUCUCACUCAGUUACCUCAUUACCUCCAAAAUAUCCAAAUUAUAUUUCUCUAGCGGGUGACCCUCGCAAAAAAUCACAGAAAAAAGUAAAUAACUCCAACUCAGUCAACCUUGGUGAAACAUUUAACGUUGUGCCGAGUGAUGAGGGAAGUGCUGAUUCAAGAUCAAAACCUGCUCAACCUUUAAAAUCUGCUGACUCUACAAGAAAGAUGAAAUGUCAUCAGCGCCAUGAUACGGCAGAUAGUUUGAAAUCAUUGCUUGGAUCUGGAAGUUCCUGUGAGUUGGCUAGUCUGAAAGCUGAGUCAUUCCCAGACCUAGAGAAGACAGACACAACAAAUCCUAAUGACAAAGAUGGUGGUAGAAACUAAAUAUUUUUACGACUGAAAAUAAUUUUAAAUGGUAUGAGUGAACCAUGAUGUGAACAUUUUUAAUUAAAUGUGAAAAGUUUAUGGCUUAGUUUAUACAUUGGGUUGUCACUUUUGACAAUUCUAGGGAAGAUAUGAUGAUUACCUCCCCAAAUUAGUCAAGAAAUAAAGACAUAAAACAAUAACAUUAUUACAGUAUAAGGAGGGAACUUAUGGAAGCCAGUCUGCUCUGUAAUAUAGACUGAAGUGGAUGCUAUGAUCAGCCCAUUGAUUUUAUAGUUAUUUAUUGUUUAUAAUUCCUGUGUUUUUGUCUUGUACAUUCCUGUGUUUAUCUUGUGGUCCUCCUGCAUUUACUACCAGUGUGGUUCUAUAACACAGGGUGGGGGCAUAGCUACCAUCAGUGUUAAAGAUGCAUUAUUCAAGAGCAAAAUCUGCCUAUUGCAGGUCUUUCUUUAGGCCUUAAAUGUUAUAUAAAAUAUAAAUUAUUGAUUAGACAUUUAUUAAGAUGACAAGACCAUUAGGCUAAGUCUCGAAUAAUAAACAAUUGAUACAAAGAUCUUGUCAAAACUACCAAUACUGAUAACUUCACUCAAUAUAAAUGAAAUGGGGUUUAUUUAACGUCCUACCAGUCUACUCCGAGUGGGCUAAUGAAGACGGUUGCUUAGUAUAAAGUAAUUAGAAUGAAAUUUUCAAUAGAUUCAUUUUGCAUUAUCUAUUUUCUAACUAUUAUAGCAAGAACGACCAGCUCUUUAUCUACAUCUUAGAUAAUGCGUCUUUAACUGUGGAUCCAGGAUGCUUUCGAGGAAGGAGGGAAGGUCAAGGGGAACAUUUCUCAAAAGGCAAAAAUUGAUGUUCCCUAAGAACAUUCAACAAAAAACACCGGUAAAGGGCCAUUUUCACUUCUAAUUGAUAUGUUUUUGAUGAAUCUUCUGUUAAUUUUGCAUCUUAGUACAGUACCUUGUAUUUAUAUUUAUACCUGUACAUUAUAUAAAUAUUUAUACCUGAUCACUUACAUGACGUAAGAAAUUUAUAAUUGGCUUUUGUUCCAAGAAACUUUAAAUAAAUAGACAAUGCUCAUUCAAAAGAAAUUUGUAAUUGUCACCAAUUCCGUCCAAUUUAGAGCAGUAUAUGUAGGAUAUUUGUCAAUUAAAUAACAACUACUUCACUAAAUGUAGGUGCAGCAUACUUUGAAUCUUCCAUUUAAAUGUUAUUCUAUUCGAUCAGGGCAAUCUUUCUACAGUAAAAUCAGUUUGUACUGGUAAUUAUUAAAUAUGAAGAUUUAUAUUUAUCGUACUGUACAUGUUCAGUACUACAUGUGUACCUGCCCAUGUUUUGCAUUAUUGAGGAUAUUUUACAGAUCAUCAGAACACAGACCAUAAUUUUAUAUUAAGAUCAAUGUAUUUGCAAAAACUGACCAAAACCCUAGAUAUAUAUGAUAUAUGUUUAAGGUUUAUUUUGGAUUUGAUCACAUAAUAAGGAUACAUGGAUCAUGUGCAGAACAUAAUGUGUAUAAUGUGGUUGUACUGUAAUUUAGAAUCAGAUGUUGUUUCCAUUUUCCAUGAAAGAGGUGACAUAUCUUCUAAAGAAGACUACUGCUCGGGAAUUUCUGUUGUUUAACAACAUAGGAUAUAAAAUUAAUUACUACCAGUACUAUAGCUAUGUUAAAUAUUUAAUAUACAAUAAAAUCUAAUGGUUUCUCAUAUUUAAUUAUUAAAUAACUUCUACAGAUAUUAUCACUGAUUUCAUGUAGUCUCUACUAUACCAGACCACUACAUGAAUGUAACUUCUUGUUUGCCUGAUGUCAUAGAACAAAUUCCAUUAAAUUAUAGUUAUUUACCACUUUUUAAAAAAAAAAAUAAUAAUAAUAGCUCAUUUUUAUUUUAUUUUUCUAUCCUAUUAUGUUUUCAAUAUGCUGGAAAAGAAUAUUGCUGCAACAUAGUAUUUGGUCCAGCGUUCCUAAAAUUAUUGCGAUAAACUUCAGAUUUUUCUCUAAAGCGGAAACUGGGCUAAAAAUAUCCUUAAGUUUCUUGUUGAUGUUAUAUCCUACUAACUGACCACCUUAGAUAAACUAUUCGUAUAACAAGUACAGGUAUUUCUGCUGAAGUUUAUUAAACAUAAUAUUAUGGGUUGCACUUGUGGUUUAUUGUGAUAUAUUAUUUAUUGCACAAGUAAAUUUAAAUUAU